ACUAGGAGCGCAUGGAUGAACGGGCUCAGGAACGAUAGCACUGCAGAGGACACAAGCAGCUACUGGGUAAAAAGAGCACCAACUGCAAUGCAAACGAAAACAGCAAGCAACUUGGACACCGUUCUGGGAAUAUGAUGAACGUGCUGUUUGGGGAAAAUGGAGAAGUUUGCCAUUACGCUUUGUACGCAUUACAUGGAAAGACUUUACAUAACGAAUAAAAGAAAGAAUUCUAAAGAAAGGCAGUUUAAGUCUGCGCAACAAAUGAGCUCACCCACACACUGACUCACUGAAAGGUGAAAAGCGAGCUCACUUUGGUAUGGAGAAACAGGCUUGCCAGAAUGGAUUCUGAUCUUGGUGAUGCCGCAAACGUGUGGAAUAACGCGUCAUUAGGACUGCACAGCGAGGUCCGAUCCUACGCGUCGUCCAACAGCUCCAACUCCAGCUCAGCCCCCGGGCCUGGCAGCGCACACUUCAGCCUCAGUCGGGCACUGCCUGUGGGCAUGGUUCUGGGCGCGUUUAUAGUUUUCGCGAUCGUGGGCAAUAUCCUGGUUAUCCUCUCCGUGGUGUGCAACAGGCACCUGCGCAUCCCAACUAACUACUUCAUCAUAAACCUGGCCAUUGCGGAUCUGUUGCUUGGUACCACUGUGCUCCCGGUGUCUGCCACGCUGGAGAUUCUGAACUACUGGGUGUUCGGGAGGAUUUUCUGUGACAUCUGGGCUGCCGUAGAUGUCCUUUGUUGCACAGCGUCCAUCAUGAGCUUGUGCGUAAUAUCCAUCGACAGAUACAUCGGAGUGCGGUAUCCUUUGCAGUACCCGAGUAUUGUGACAGAGAAACGAGCGCUGCUGGCCAUGCUGGGAGUUUGGGUACUUGCUUUGAUUAUUUCCAUCGGACCCUUGCUUGGAUGGAAAGAGCCGCCUUCUGAGGAUGAAACCGUUUGUCCAAUAACAGAGGAGCCGUUUUACGCGCUGUUUUCGUCUCUAGGCUCAUUCUACAUCCCCCUAGCUGUGAUUUUGGCUAUGUACUGCCGCGUUUACAUCGUUGCCAAAAGGACCACUAAGAAUUUAGAAGCUGGAGUGAUGAAGGAGCGCAAUGACUCCAGUGAGCUCACACUCCGAGUGCAUUACAGAGGCUCUCACAUCCAUGAUGACUGCAGCAGCACAGGCAAGGGCCAAAUGAGGAGCUCUCUUACUGUGAAAUUACUGAAAUUUUCUAGAGAAAAGAAAGCUGCCAAAACUCUUGGCGUUGUAGUAGGCAUGUUCAUCCUAUGCUGGUUGCCCUUUUUCCUCGUUCUGCCCAUCGGUUCCUUCAAUACCAACCUGCGUCCUCCAGAGACAUUUUUCAAGGUGAUCUUCUGGCUCGGCUACUUUAACAGCUGCCUAAACCCCAUCAUCUACCCGUGUACCAGUCGUGAGUUCAAACAGGGAUUUAUCCGCAUCCUGCGCUGUCAGUGCCAGCAGCGGAAGGGCUGGAGGCCAUACAACUACCGAUCCCACAUGGGUCCCGCCAGCCACAUUUACAUGGACAACAGCUCAGUUUGUAUGAACGGCAGUCUUGCUUCACCCAGCCCUCGGUUCUUCAGCAGAGGCACUGGCUCUCAUACAGCAUCAGGUCUCUUUCCAGGCUGGAGUUCCUCCUCCACCUCCCUGUCGAGCAGUUCCUUCCCUAGGAAGUUCAUUGCCAGCCCUGGUCCAGUGUAUGAGAAUUCAGACAAAUCCAGCCCAGUGACUCUUCUUAUUCCUGAUGGGGUUCCAUCAACAGAUCCCCAGCAUUCCAAUGGGCAGAACAUUAAAGCAGAAGUAGAACCAGAAACAAAUUCCAAACACACACCUGAAAUGAAACUGUAGUUGGCUGUAUGACAAUGACAUCUAUCUUUCACACUGGUUUCUCUUAUUUUUUUUUUUAUGGUGUACAUUUGACAUUCUUGUCUUAAAUGAAAAAUCUUUUUAAUUCUGCAUGUCUGCAUUGUGAACAAAGUUGGCUGCUGAUGUUCAACGGAAAUUUAAUUUUACUUAUCUUGGAUUUGGAGGGUUUUUUUUGUAUUAAAAGUCAUUAUUAAAAAAAACUUUGUAUAUAAUAAUAAUAAUAAUAAUAAUAAUAAUAAUAAUAAUAAUAAUAAUAGGUUUUAUUUGUAUGGAAUAUUAUUUUGUUCUGAAAGUGCUGUACAUAUCAAAGAUAAAUAUGAUGUAAUUCAAUCUGGUGUCUGGACAUCUGAAUUUAGCACACGCUAUUGUGCUCAGUGACUUAUCGAGGAUAUUUCUCCAUAUUUCUUCUGUUGGAAUGCAGCAUUUGACACUACACUAUUUAUAAGGGAUGCAUCAGUACUGGUUACUGGUCUGCAGCUUUGCUCAUUUACUGAGCAAAAGUUAAAUUAUUCAAUGUUCCGAAUGACAAAAAAUAAAAGCAAUCUGGAAGGAUUUCAGCAAUAAUACUGGGAAUCAGUGUGAACCAGACUGCAAGCAGACUACAGCAACUUUCUAUAAUGAUGAACUCAAAAAACCAGGUGUUCAUUGCUAGGAGAUUCAGAUGCAGUGAAGACAACAAAACGAGUGUCACCUAACCUUUGGAAAGAAGCUGGACAAAACUAGUUUGAAGAGUCUCUAAUGCAACCUCACUCGAUCUAAGGAACUUGUGUAGCUAUUUAAUACACUAUUUCAUAUAAACUUACCUUAAAAAGCAUGAGUCUAGAGAAUAAAAAUUAGGAUGAGAUCACUAGUAAAACCAGAUACAAGAUGAGCAGAGAUAAAAUAAUUUGUUGAUUUAUAGUAAAAUACAUGCAAUUAAAAAAUCAUACUUGUACUUGAUCUGCAUAAAAAUGGUAUUGAUGCAUCCCUGAUAUUGGCCAUGAUAUUUUUACAGACAGGAAUAAAACCUGGUCGGUUUAAACAAGCAAAUUUGUGCAUGAUAUAAUCUGAAUACCUUUUGCCAAGAUGAUACAGAUCAUCAUGGUACAUACAGAGCCUAUUAAGUGCAGUAUGGUGUCUCACUAGGUUGUGCUGUUGUUAUUAUUAUUUUUCAUUCCUUUGGACUGGUACUUCACAAAUAUUAUGUUGGCUUUUACUUCUGUGCGAUCCUUUGUACAUAUUAACCUAAUUUAUAAUAAGCUGUGUUUGUCAGUGUAUUUGUAGCAUUUGAUUAUAUCGACUCAUUGAUUUGUUAAUUUUGCUGGUAUCUUGUUUUAUUUGUGUUUGGUGUGGAAAAGUGGCUAUGGAUUUGGGAACAUUAUGUGUUAUGUAACAGGGUUUAACAUGCUGGAGUGUUGUUUUUUUAUAUUUUUUUUUUAUCUUUUAUUAUUAUUAUUAGUUUUUAAAUCUGUAUCGCAUUAAGUCAUAACCCCUUUAUUCCUGACUUAAAUCAGAGUCUGAAUAAAGAGUCAUGAUGAGA